UGGUCAUACUAGUUUCAUCCCGACGUUUACACAUCUUGGUUUGUGGAAUUUGAAUACCUAAGUCGUUUGUGUAGCCCGCGCAAUGGCACAAACCACUGAGCAGCUGACGGAGGAACAGAUUGCGGAGUUCAAGGAGGCCUUUGCAUUGUUCGACAAGGAUGGAGACGGGACAAUUACCACGAAAGAGCUGGGCACGGUGAUGCGCUCUCUCGGCCAGAACCCGACAGAGGCGGAGCUGCAGGACAUGAUCAGCGAGGUCGACGCGGAUGGUAAUGGUACCAUUGACUUUCCGGAGUUUCUUAUGCUAAUGGCGCGGAAGAUGAAGGACCACGACCAUGAGGAUGAGCUCAGGGAAGCCUUUAAGGUAUUCGAUAAGGAUGGCAACGGAUUCAUCUCAGCCGCUGAGUUGAGGCAUGUUAUGACGAACCUGGGCGAGAAGCUGUCCGAUGAGGAGGUCGACGAGAUGAUUCGGGAGGCUGACUGUGACGGUGAUGGUCAGGUCAACUAUGAGGAAUUCGUCAAGAUGAUGACGUCGAGCGUCGAGAAGCCGCAGGAGGCUAGCGUUGGCAAGAAGCCGUAAGGAGCGACUGGCUUCAGCAAUGUGAUGCUCUGGGACACGUAUUACUGAGAUGCAUCAGUGCACUGGGCAAUCUUGUUUUGCGGUUGAGGGAUCGGGGGAUUUCUGUGAGUAGGACGGGGUUGUAUAGAAUUACAGCGUUCUGUUCAGGGCAAUGUUACGCUUGACGAGCAGAGCUUGUCGGCGGGAAUCCAAACAAUCUUGGGACUGUUGGGGGCCCAUUCCAGGAUUUGCGGCAUGUACCUCGCGGCAUCAUUGUUUAUGGCGACUACGGGUAGAAGUGUGUGCUUUACUCGCAGAAACAUUUGUACAGGUCCAUCAUGUUGCAGCAUACGGUGUAUGCUUAGCCUUGUAAUAGUUCUCCGAUUCGAUUGUAAUUGUGCUGACCGUGUGCCAAUUUGAGAAGCAAAAUUGCUGUCGAAAUGGCGCGCUGCAGGCAGGCCAAUUUGCAUGGCAGAGAAUCCAAGAUUGAGGAUUCCUCGUUGUUGUUGGAGUUUUGUCUUUGGGUAGUCCCUUCAAAGGCAAGCGUAGCACUGUUGGCGAACCUGUGAGUUGCAGCCUGGCUGAGUUGUCGAAGCGCGAAGGCUACGCUGGAGACGAGGGCCGCCUGCAAAAGGCAAAGUUGCUUUAGUAAAGUUCAUGGCACACAGGUGGACACUGCGGCACGCUCACCUGUCUUGCGGACUUGCCUAAUAACCCAGCUGACCACGACUCAACCUCCCCUGCGAUAACGUUUUCAAUUAUCCCCUUCCCUGGUAUGCCCAUGCGUUCCUGCACGGUAAGGGCAUACAGUUCACGUCAAAAAUGU